AUGUUACUUGACGAGGAUCCUGGCACGCUCAUCCACCACACAAUCGGCAACUUCAAUAUCCAUCCAGAUAAACAAGCCGUCACGCGCAUCAAUGACUCGCUCUCCACCCUCCAACAGUCCCGCGACCUGCGCAUCCGCGAGGCUGAAUCCUCCUUGCGCAAGCUGUCACGCCACCUCCACUCCCUGAACACCCAACACGAAGAGGCAGUCGCUGUCCACGACUCGGGUAAACAUGCCGCGGAGAUCGUCGAACUCGACACCAAGAAAUUCCGCGUUGCGAAAGCUGCGACGGAACUAGAGAUCGAGAGCGAGCGACUCGAAAGUGAGCUGGAAAUGCUCAAGGAGCGACUGGCUGAUCUUGAGGCGCAAGGUCUGGAGGGUGAUGAGCCCACGCGACGGGAACGCGAGAUGGACGAUGCUACAAUUCUGAGACUUAAGAUCUUCCGAUCACUGGGUAUCGAUAUUGAGCCUGAUGACGCGGGAAAUUUCCACCGCGCAGUUAUUCGUAAUAGCCGUAAGGGUGAUGUCCAUGUCGUUAACAUCGACCCCAAGUUUUCACGAUUCUUUUACUCGAACUAUUUCUGGCAGACUAUGCAGGGAUAA